GUGUGCAGCGCAAAGAAUUAUGGGAGCAGUGAUCAGGCGGCGGCGCUGGGCCGGGUCUGAGGGAGAAACGUGGACGUGGAGCAGCGCGCAGCAAUGUCUUCCUACACCUGCAUGACAUGCCGUGUGGCAUUUGCUGAUACUGAGGUUCAGAGAUCACACUACAAGACCGACUGGCACAGGUAUAACCUGAAGCGUAAAGUAGCAGACAUGCCUCCCGUCACAGCUGAAAAUUUCCAAGACCGUGUGCUGGCCCAGAGAGCGGCUAUGGAAGAGCAGAACAAGGGAACGGCUACAGACUGCGCAACCUGUGACAAGAAAUUUGCCACCUUCAAUGCCUAUGAAAAUCAUUUGAAAUCAAAGAAACACCUUGAUGCAGAAAAGAAGGCCACUGGACUUGCAAAUAAGGAGCUGGAAAGACUCAACACAAAAAAUCUGGAAAAGGGGUUGAAUGACGAGAGGAUGGAUAAGGACACAUUGAAUAGAGCCAUUCAACAGGCAAUAAAGGCCCAGCUUUCUCCUGCAGCAAAGAAGAGGACCAUUAAUCCAACAACUGGUGGUACUAAUGUAGGAGUGAGUAAGAAAAGACCUGACAAACCUCCUCGGUUACUUUGGUUGGAACAACAAGCCAAAAAAAUGGGACAGGAUGAAUCCUCAGAAGAGGAGGAGGAUGUGAUGGAGAUUGAAGGGGAUGGUGAUUGGGAGGAUAUAGACUCUGCUGAUGAGGUAGAAGAUGAAUUAGAAGAAAAUGAGGAGAGCGAAGUUGAUAAAGGGUUGAGGGUAGACUCUCCACCUGCCGCCUUUCCAAUCACAGACUGCCUAUUCUGCUCUCACCAUUCACGAACUCUGUUAAAAAAUGUGAAUCAUAUGACAAAAUCCCAUGGUUUCUUUAUCCCCGAUAUUGAAUAUUUAGUGGAUCUAAGGGGGCUGAUAAAAUACUUGGGAGAAAAAGUUGCUGUAGGAAAUAUCUGCCUGUGGUGCAAUGAGAAGGGACGGUCUUUUUAUUCACUCGAAGCUGUCCAGGCUCACAUGGUUGACCGCAGUCACUGUAAACUGUUCACAGAUGGUGAUGCUGCUAUUGAAUUUGCAGACUUCUAUGAUUUCAGUGAAAGUUAUCCUGAUCACAAUGGAGAAGAUGUUGCAAUGAAAACUUCAGAGGUACCUUGUAGAAAUCUGGAAUAUAAUGAAGAAACAAUGGAGCUUGUACUUCCUUCUGGUGCUAGAAUUGGUCACCGGUCAUUGCUGAGAUACUAUAAACAACACUUUGGUACCUCUAGAGCAGUGGCUAUGACUGGAACUCGUCGUGUCCUGGGAAGAUUGCUACAGCAGUACAAGGCUCUUGGUUGGACAAGUGAGACUGCUAAAGAAGCAUCACAGAGAAAGGAGCGUGAUAUGCAGUAUGUGCAAAGAAUGAAAUCGAAGUGGAUGCUAAAGACAGCAACGUCCAACAAUGCAACAAAGCAGAUGCACUUUAGACCGCAAGUUAUAUUCUAGAAACUGGACUGUAGUUAUCAGGUUGAUGAUGAGAUGAUAUCAACAUCAAUAAUUGACUGAUUUUUUUCAAGUUGCAUUGUGGGGGGAUUUGGGUAUUUUUGUUUCUUUUACAUAUCACUUUCAGAUCUUAAAAUGUUGGGAAUUGUAAAACCUCAAACCAUUUCCUUUAACUUGUGUUCUACAGCACGCUGCUUAUUGUAAUUCAACUCAAUUUUAACACAAAAUAAAUGUUCGACAUUGUACAUGCCAUAAUUUA